GUAAGAGAGAGACGUAGAGAAGAGAUUUUAGAGAGAGAGAGGUAGAGAAGAGGUUUUAGAGAGAGAGUCAAAGAGAAGUACCGAGUACUGAAUCCUGGAGAAGGCAGAUAGAGAGUACCGGACUGAAGAUGUGUUAGGCACUGAUACAGGUUACAGAGAGAGGAGGAUUUGAUUAUUUGAAGUUACAGUUUAGAGAGAUAAAGACGAUUGAAACCGAAACCUAAGAGCAGAGGAACCAUGGCGUUGAGGAAGGGGAGCCGGGUGGAAGUUAGCAGCGAUGAAGAUGGCUUCAAGGGUGCCUGGUUCACUGCAACUGUGACGAAAAUGGUUGGAAAAACCAGAAUCAUGGUUGAGUACGAUAACCUUGUGAGUGACGAUGAGAAUGGGCCAUUGGUUGAAACUUUGGAGAUUGUCAAUGUGAGGCCAUUGCCUCCCGUUCCUGAUACGCCACAUGCUUUCUCUCUCUACGAAGAGGUCGAUGCUUUCUACAAUGAUGGCUGGUGGGUCGGGGUGAUUUCGAAGGUGGUUGCAGAGGAUGGUUCGAAGUAUGCUGUGUAUUUUAGGAACACUCGCGAAGAGAUGAUUUUUGAGUUCAAUCAGAUGAGGGUUCAUCAAGAUUUCAUUGAUGGCCAUUGGGUCAUGGCUUCACAGAAACUGUUAGCAGAAGAACAACCCAUCAAAAAUGAGGACUGUAUUCCUCAUGGUAACUGCAGCACAACUAUUGAAAACUGUGAUGGGGUUCCAUCCACUGAGCCAAAAAUGGACCCCGUGGUUGAAACUUCGCCACUUCAAGUACCAGAACUGAAGAAAUGUGGAUCCAAGAAAGGGAGAGGUAAGAAACAUUCACUUUCUCCCUCAUCCUCACUACCUCCGAAAGGCCCUGAAGAACCUGAAGAAGAGAACGAUGAUUGCAUUAUAAUGGAGGCUAUUCAUGCUCCUGAAAAAACCAGUAGAAAACGUGGAAGAGGAACCCAAUUGGAUAAGCCUGUUAAAACCCCAACUAUUAGAAGGGCAAAGAUGAAGGCAGAAGAUGAUGGAAGGAUGGGUGUGGUCGCCCCAUCUCCAGGGGUGAAUCCAAGCCAAAACAACAAGAAAUCAAAGACCAAGACCAAAGACUUGGUAAAGAAGACAAAGAAGGGGGAAGAUAACGGAAGCACAUGUAUGGCCGCCCUAUCUUCGAUGGUGAAUCUCAGCCAAAACAGCAACAAAGCUAAAGAUUUUGGAGAGGGAGAGACUGAUGGGGUUAAGUUUGAUAGGGUCAUUGUGAGCAUCCCUCAAAUGGGGGUUUCAGAGAAAUCAAGAGCUGAUAACUUGACCAUGCUAACUGGGACUUGCAAGGAUUUGAGUUUGGCUGCUUAUUAUCUUGUUCUUCAAGCCUUGUAUCUUCAAGGUGAUCCCAAAUGGGGCCAUGAGGUGCUGCUUGCUGAGCUUCGAACUGCGCUAGCAAUCAGUAAUGAUGAACAUGUGGAAGAAUUGAAGCGAGUUACUUCUAACAAGUUCAUCGCUACCUCGUUUCUUAAAAGGUGAUAAAUCUGUAUGGAGCAUUCUUUAUGGGAUGGAUUUUGUGGGUAUAGUCAUGGCUUGUGCUUCUUGCAAAAAAGGUGAAUUUCGUUUGUGGUGGUCAAGACGGUAUUGACAUGUUUUCUUGUGAUGUGAAAGGAAGUCUUACAUUAGGGUGGUCAUGGAAUGUGAUUUUGAAGGUCCUUACAGUUUUUGGGGCUCUUUUAGGUAAGCUGCAAGGACAUUUUGAAAUGGUUGGUUGGGGCUGUGAAUGUAGUUUCUGGAGGAUAUAUAGCUUGUUUCUUGACCUGUGCGCUGAUACUGAUUUCAGAGAUUGGUGGAAAUGGUUUUUGGGUUUCUUUAUGUGAUAUCUGGAAUGCAGGUAACUAAUUUCCAUCCCAAAAGAUGACUCGUUGCUCUUUCAGGUUUCAUGCCCAAUAUUGGGUGGCAUGUGGAAUAAUAUUAGAAUUGAGUUUUAGAGUGAGAAAUUAAUAGUUUAUGGCUUCUUUGUGAUAUGCUUUAGUCAUUGAUGUUAAUGGUCGAUUGAGUUCUUUUGUAAAUGCAUGUGGUUCUCAAUGCAUAAUAGUAUGAUAGUUGAAUGCAGAUGAUUUGGCAG